AUGCUGGCUGGCCUACCGGGCAUCUCUGGUUACAUUGAUGACUUGGUAGUUGGUGGAAAAACCCCGGAAGAACACUGGGCCAGAAUCAACGAGGUGAUGCGACGGAUUCAAGAUUUUGGCUUCACGAUCCGUCUCGAGAAGUGCAGUUUCGCAAAAUCACAGAUCAAGUAUUUAGGCCAUAUCCUUGAUCGCAACGGCAUUCGUCCAGACCCUGAUAAGGUGCAAGCAAUCCACAACAUGGCAGCUCCGACAGAUGUCUCCGGAGUUCGCUCAUUUCUGGGGGCAAUAAAUUACUACGGCAAAUUUGUAUCCCAAAUGAGAAACCUGCGAUUUCCUCUGGACGAACUUUUAAAAGAUGGAGCAAAAUUCGUCUGGACUUCCGAAUGCCAGGCAUCUUUUAAUAAAUUUAAACAAAUUUUAACCUCCAACUUAAUGUUGACACACUAUGACCCAGCGCUCGAAAUAGUGGUGUCGGCAGAUGCUUCUUCGGUUGGUGUUGGUGCCACGAUCUCACACAAGUUUCCUGAUGGCACCAUAAAGGUAAUUCAACAUGCCUCCCGUGCAUUAUCACCUGCAGAGAAAAACUACAGCCAGCCAGAUCGCGAGGGGCUUGCAAUCAUAUUUGCCGUAACAAAAUUCCACAAGAUGUUGUUCGGUCGAAGAUUUCACCUUCAAACCGACCAUGCCCCCCUCCUCAGGAUCUUCGGUAGCAAGAAGGGCAUACCGGUUUACACCUCCAACCGACUACAACGAUGGGCCCUAACGCUACUCCACUACGACUUUUCCAUCGAAUACGUCCCGACCGCAAAAUUUGGUAAUGCCGAUAUAUUGUCGAGGCUCAUCGGCAACCAUGUACGACCGGAAGAGGACUAUGUGAUAGCGACGAUACAGUUGGAGAAUGAAAUCAGGUCAGUAACACGAAGUAUCGUUAAUGUUCUUCCCUUGAGUUUUAGGCUUGUCGAAAUUGCAACUCAAAAAGAUCCUGUUUUGAAGCGAGUGUACCAAUACUUGCAAAAAGGCUGGCCCCCUUCCUUAAAGGCCUUACCAGAACCGGAAGUCAAACCAUACUACGACCGACAAGACGCACUCAGUCUCUGCCAAGGGUGCAUAAUGUUCAGCGAUCGCUUGGUCAUUCCAUCGGAGUUCCGCAAACGUUGCCUGGACCAAAUCCACCAAGGUCAUCCGGGUAUCCAGCGAAUGAAGGCGAUAGCUCGGUCGUACGUUUACUGGCCAGGGUUAGAUUCCGAUGUAACCUCCUAUGUCAAGUCGUGCCGAAAUUGUGCCAUUGCUUCAAAAUCCGCUCCAAUUUCAAAACCGUCACUGUGGCCCACUCCGAGCAAGCCAUGGGAAAGGGUUCACAUAGACUAUGCUGGACCUUUGGACGGAGAAUACUACCUGCUGGUCAUCGACGCCUUCACCAAAUGGCCUGAAAUUGUUGAGACACAUCGUACGACAUCCAUCUCAACGAUUCGCAUUCUGAAGGAUCUGUUUGCUCGAAUGGGUAUGCCAACUACACUCGUCAGCGAUAAUGGAACUCAAUUUACAAGCGAAGAGUUUCAAACGUUCUGCUUAGAAAACGGCAUCGAUCAUCUGACCACUGCACCGUUCCACCCACAAAGCAACGGUCAGGCGGAACGCUUUGUAGAUACGUUCAAGCGUGCAAUUAGAAAAAUUCAGGAGGGAAGGACAACCGUCCGAGAAGCAUUGGCCACCUUCCUUCUUACCUAUCGAAGCACACCAAACCCAUCGGCACCAGAUGGGAAAUCUCCAGCCGAAGCGAUGUUUGGCAGACCAAUUCGAACUAGUCUGGAAUUGCUUCGACCACCACCGGAACCAGAUCGAGCACCUUACCAUGAAGACCCCCACUCGCAAAGAUCCUUUGCGAAAGACGAACUCGUUUUUGCUAAAAUCUACGUCAGGAAUAAGUGGAACUGGUUCCCGGGUGUCAUACUGGAGAAAGUUGGCAGAGUAAUGUACAACGUCUGGAUUGACGGAAGACAAGUGGUACGCUCGCAUAUCAAUCAACUCAUUAGUCGAACCGAACAGGAACCGGAAAUUGCGACGAAACCCAACUUGCCUCUGAGCAUCCUUCUUGAUGCUUGGAACCUCCCACGUUCGCCUCCAACCAACGAGUUUCCAACACAAUCAUCGCCAGUAUCAACGCAGAAUCAGCAGUCUUUGCCAUCAUCUACGCCGAAAACUUUGGUUGAUGUUCACAAGUCGGGACUCGAAUCGUCAGCUGGUCUGCCAUCACCGAUACAAACAUCUUCGCUUACACCACCAUCGCCGGAAACCGUAUCCGGCCCGAUACCUCAACCCUCUGAAACCAGCACAUCUAUAUCAAGAUUUCAAUCUGCCAUCGAAGAACAAUCAGCCGUACAAAUGCCACGAAGAUCUUCACGUACCCGAAGAGUUCCGAGGAGGUUCGACUCGUACCGGCUGAAUUAA